AUGCAAGGCGAGGCGCAGGACAGAGCUGCAAUGUGGAGAGGGAAUGACCGAAGUGGAAGAUGCCAGUACACCUUCAGCGUCCCAAGUCCAUCUGAGACCAGCUGCCCCCAGAACGGAGGACCAGAGAUGGAGGGACUGAAGGCAAGACUCAGCCUGUUGGAAGUCCUGGUCGCCCGGCUGAGCGGAGGAGAGACAGACACCCCACCAUCCACCCAUUCCAAAGCCCAUAAAGACCUCCAGGACUCUCUCAACAGGGCAAUAGGUGAGAGGAACCUGCUCCAAGGCGAGAAGGCGCGUUUGGAGAGAGAACUAGAGGGACUUCAGGGCAGAGUAGAAGAAAUGCGACGCGAGACGGAGAGGCUGAGGAGCAAACCGUGUCCUGCCCAGACCCCUGCCGUGCCACCCAGCCCCCCUCUACAAGACAGCACCCUUAGGAGACCUGCGGGAGGCUUUGGUUCCAUGUCCAAUCUGAUGACAAGGCCCAACAGACAGGGAGACAGCAGCAGUUUGAGAGAUUCUGCUUGGCAAUAUGGAUCUCCCAGUGAUUUCCAAGAGCUAAAGGCUGAAGUGACCCAGGUCCCUGCUCCCGGGAGCACACAGGACGGCACUGGAUGUGGUGACCUAGUGUCGGUGGCUGAACCUGUCACACACAGAAAGGCAGAUAGCAUCGCGGGGAAAUACGGCGUUUGGAUGCAAGACCCAGAAGCGACGUCUCCCUACGGCCCCAACAUGGUCUGGAGGAUCGACACUGUGGGCUCAGAGAUCAGACAGCUCUUUGGUUAUGAGGACAUGGAGCAGCUCUCUAAAGGAUUCCCCUCAAAAGUGCUGCUGCUGCCUGACCCAGUGGAGGGCACAGGGGCCACCAUGUACCGCGGCUCUCUCUAUUACCAGCGGCGCAGGAGCAGGACGUUGAUCCGCUACGAUCUGUCCUCCGAGAGCAUCGCCGCCCGCCGGGAGCUGCCCCACGCCGGCUUCCAUGGACAGUUCCCCUACUCCUGGGGCGGAUACACAGACAUAGACUUGGCCGUGGACGAACAAGGUCUGUGGGCCAUCUACUCCACCAGCAAAGCCAGAGGGGCCAUUGUGAUCGCACAGCUCGACCCCAACAGCCUGGAAGUGAGGAAAACCUGGGAGACCAACAUCAGGAAGAACUCUGUGGCCAAUGCCUUCAUGAUUUGCGGCAAACUGUACACGGUGUCCAGCUAUACAUCACCGGACACCACUGUCAAUUAUGUAUACGACACCGGGAGCAGCCAGGGCCGCACUGUGUCUGUCCCGUUCAAGAAUAAGUACCGCUACAACAGCAUGAUUGAUUAUAAUCCGGUGCAGAAGAAGCUGCUGGCCUGGGACAAUUUCCACAUAGUGUCCUACGAGCUGAGGUUGGGCCAGCAAGCCAAGUGA